AGAACGAAGCGCACGUGUUGUGUUGAUCGCGAAAUAAGUACCUACCUAGAUAGUAAAUUCUCACAUUUUUAAGCAAAAUGAAAGUUAAAAAAGUUCAUCGGAAGAAGAAAUAUCUUCACAAACUAAACAGAAAGCGUAUGAACAGGCAUCAACGCAGCACUGGCGACGUACAAUGUGAAGCUAUCAAAGAAGCGUGGGACCCCAAAAAAUCAUCACUACGGAACCUUAAAGAAAUGGGCCUUGCAAAUGACCCCAAUAAAGCGAUCAAAAUCCCAAGUUACAAACGAGAUCAACUAAAAAGAGCAAAGAAAAUAGUUAAUUUAGGCGAAUCUGAUGAAGAGGAGGAGGAGGAGCCUAAAAUUGUGCCAAAAUCAGAAGUGGUGGAGAGGUUAGAAAAAGAAGCAAGAGCACCACGGCAAAGAAAGUUUAUGUUGCCUAAGAGUCAAGUGGAGUUUUUAACAUAUUUACUUGACAAAUAUGGGCAUGAUUACAAAGCAAUGGAAAGGGACAAAAAAAACUUCUAUCAGGAGACAUGGAAGCAGUUACGUGCAAAAAUUAAGACUUUUAUGGGCAUUCCAAAGCAGUAUGGAGAAUAUCUCAAAGCUAGAGGAUUGCUUGACAAAGAAGAAGAUGAUGAAGAAUUGAAGAAACAAGCAAAAGCACUUGUUAUGGAUGACAGUGAUUAGCUUUAACAUUCAGUUUUUAGUUGUUAACUAUUUUAAGAUAAGUAAUUUAAAUUUUGGAACCGUA